CUGACUGGAAUCUGAGCUCGGGUGCGAUGGGCGGCGUCGAGCUGCGCUCAUCACACAAGUAUGUGGAGGUUACAGACUCUGAGUGAAACGAUCUGGGGCUUUUAUUAAAGAGGAUGCGCUGCAUGCCAAUGAAAGUUUAAGAGUUCUUGACAGUCUUCGAUCACAGCAGACAGAUUUUCUUUAUCUGGAGGACCUGUACUGAUAACUUAAGCACUUUUAGAUCGAGACUCUACCAUCAUGGAUAUACAGUCUCAUUUCUUACAAAUUCUUCGGUUGAUGUUUAACUGCACAGGAUGAAGAUGAGGUUGAAAUCGUCUGUAAUGGAUCAUCCUCACGAUCUGAAAUGUAAAAUAGUUGUGGUUGGGGACACUCGGUGUGGGAAGACGUCCUUGUUAAGUGUCUUUGCAAAGGAUUCGUUUCCAGAGAACUAUGUUCCCACUGUGUUUGAAAACUACACGGCAAGUUUUGAGAUCGACACGCUGAGAGUUGAGCUCAGCCUUUGGGAUACAUCAGGAUCUCCUUAUUAUGACAAUGUGCGGCCCCUCUCUUAUCCGGAUGCUGAUGCGGUUCUCAUCUGUUUUGACAUCAGUCGACCAGACACUCUGGAGAAUGUUAUAAGAAAAUGGAAGGGAGAAAUCGAGGAGUUCUGUCCCAAUACAAAAAUACUGUUGGUUGGAUGCAAGUCAGACCUGCGCACAGACCUGGCCACGUUCGUGCAGCUGUCCAAUGACUUACCUUUAUCUUAUGACCAGGGUUCAAAUGUGGCCAAGCAGAUCUCGGCCCCUUACAUUGAAUGCUCAGCACAGCAGUCUGAAAACAGUGUGAGGGACAUUUUUCACAUAGCCACACUGGCUUGCAUCAGUAAAACCAGCAAGAACGCCAAACGCAUCAAGUCCACCAGAGCCACCAAGAAGACCUCUCGCGUGCCUAACAGGCGUGAACUGGACUCGGCAUCAUGUAUACACAAGACCAAGACAAAAUCCUGCACAGUCAUGUGAUUUCAGAAGCCAUUUAAAGGAUCUGAGGACAUUCAGCCUGCAUGUAUUGUAUUAUCAGGAUUUUUACAUUAAUGGACCAUAACUGAAGGGGGCGAUAUUGCACUUCAUUACUAGAAUAAAUGUUCAUCUCUAAUGAUCCUGGGGUCUAUUCUGCUCUGCUUAAAUAUACAUUUUCAAAGCAUCCAAGCAUACCUUUAGCUAUUGUAAAAACUUGAAGCGGAACAAACAUGAAUGCAAAGUUUCAUAUACAGCUCUGGAAAACAUUAAGAGAUCCAGUUUUGCCUUGAAUCAUCUUUUCUACAUGUAUUGAGACCAUUUCAGUCCAGUGUCUGUUGAAUUGCAACAAAAGCAAACCUCAGGAGUGACAUAGGAGUCACCUAACAGAAAAUGUACAGGACUAAGAGCAUGAUGGGUAAGAUGAAAAUGUAAUUAAAAAUCAGGGUUAUUCCAUCAAAUAUUCAUUUUUGAACUAUUCCUAAAAUACAACUGUGCUGUUGAAUAUAAACUUGUUUUCCAGAUCUUAAAACAUGGCAUCUUUUUGUUAGUUAGUCUGUUUAAAUCAGUGCAAAUGAAAACAUUAUUUUAUUAGGAAUUUGGAAUUUCCAAUUUUAUUAGAAAAUUUCUCGGUAGAUGACAGAAUGAAACCAAAAUGAUGAAUGUCUUACUUUAAUGCAUACCUCUAUAUAGUAAAUUCAGUGAAACAAAAAUAAUCUUGAAGUGGUCUCUUAAUUUUUUUCCAGAGCUGUAUAUACUGCUUAUAUAUUUCCUCUGAAUUUAAUAAUGUCAAUGUUUUGCUGCCAUAUAUUUAUGGAUGUUAUUAACUUGGAUCAACGCUCCGUCAGUUCUGGUAUUCUCAGACCUUGUUAGACCCCACUACACCAAAAUGUGUCAAAUAAUGUAACAAAUAUUUGUUGUAUGUAGAGUUUUGUAUAUGUAAUAUGAGCCAAUAAAUGAACCGUGUACCUG